CACCAUUUCACUAACCUUAGAUAGCCGCAGCGUGCUAAGGCAAGACAGACAGUAACAGUUACUUACCAGGCGCUACCAUGAUUAGAAUGCAAUGCACGGUUUCUUACAAAAAUUGAUUUGAUUGUGGAAAGUGUAUGUUACGGCUCGACGCGAGCAUUUCCGUGAAAUAUUCGCGACUUUUUGUCGGGAGUUUCUUUUCGAAAAUGGUCGGUGACAGGUAGCGCUGAAGAUAUGGUGGUGUUUUGGGGUAGUUGGUUGGUUGUUUUUGGAUUACUUUGUACAAGUAUCAAAUGCCAAAUUGUACCUGAUACAGAAGACUACCAAAAUUUCCCCUUGCCUUUCAAAAUAUCACCUGGAGCUGAACUAAACCCUUACAGGAGGCAACAGGCACUUUCUUUUGGAGCAUGCAAGAUACAUUUCGACAUGAAAUGUCCAAACGAUGAUAUUACAUUCUAUCUGUAUACCAAACGACAACCACAAACUGCAGAGUCUGUAAUUCUAGGCUCUCGAUUGUUAGAAUCAAACUUGAGGGAUACACACUUUGAUCCUAGAAAACCGACAAAAAUCAUCAUUCAUGGAUAUAAUUCUGAUAUGGAUCUCAGUGCUUUAGUGGAAAUCAGGAAAGAAUAUUUAAAAACACAGGAUAAUAAUAUUUUUACGGUUGACUGGAGUCCCUUAGCUCAAGGUCCAUGUUACCCGGGAGCACUGUGGAACAUUAGACAUGUUGGAAAAUGUUCUGCGCAGCUAGUGGAAAGGAUCAGAGAAUUUGGAGCAGAGGAUAUACAUGUUAUUGGUUUCAGUUUAGGCGCUCACGUUGCCAAUUUCCUGGCCAUUUCUCUCCGGCCUUACCUCCUACCUCGGAUCACUGGACUGGAUCCAGCCCUGCCUGGAUUUGUAACUGCUAAUACAGAUGAAAAAUUAGAUAAAUCGGAUGCACACUUUGUCGACGUGUAUCACACAAACGCUUUUAUGCAGGGCAAAGCUGAGGAGAGCGGACAUGUCGACUUUUAUGUCAAUGGAGGUGUACUACAGCCUGGAUGUUGGGCCGAACCCAGAUUUUUUGCAUGUAACCACCAUAGAGCUCCGAUUUACUUUGCCGAAUCUAUAAACACCCACAAAGGUUUUUGGGGGUGGCCUUGCCCAUCAUACUUGACGUUUAUAACGGGAAGCUGUCCUCCACUAGACCCUCAGGUCAUCAUGGGCGAAUUUGUAAACAGCACCUCACAGGGCGUAUACUUGGUCAUCACUGAAUCUGUUCCUCCAUACGCGGCGGGAAAAUACGAGGGGCCGAGCAUAGAAAUCAUCAAAGAGGGGCCCACUGAUUGGGAGAAGUACGAGAACGAAAUUUUGGACAAUGCAGACGAGUUACAGUACCUCGAUAGGGAUUUAUAUGACACAGAUACCACCUCCACUACGUCAAGACCCUUUUUCAAGGGGAUAAGGGAGGGUCUGGGUAGAUUCUUCGAACAUACAUUGGGAUAAUCAUAUUGUUUUAAUAACGAAUAAAAUUAGAAUGGGCAAUUAAGGCGGGGUUUGCCGGGUAGGAAUAGUUUGAAUUUCAAACAGACAAUUCCCUUUUGAUGCCAAACUAAAUCUCCCGCAUCGGGCACUAAAAGCUAAACAGCUAGGGGAUAACUUACAUGUUUUACAAAUAACUUCUAUUUUCAUAAAGUUAGGUCACACUUCGCCGGUGUUUCUUACUUGCAAUUUUCUUGAUGUAGUUUAGUAUCACAAGAGAAUUGUUUAAAAUUCAAAUUUUCUCUAAUCUCAAAUAAUGUACGAAUCCCGUUUUAAUAAAUACCGCAAAAAUAUUGUCUUUUUCACGAGUAUCCAUUACGGUAGAAUAACAGCUGAUUAUCUGGUAAUAUUUCAAAAUUCCCCAUAUCGCCAAAUGACGGAUCGUCAACGCCAGGUACACAGAGCCGUAUUUUGUUUAUUUUAUGCGCUACAGAUUCAUUUUGUACUUGCUAACAACUCUUUUAUUUAGAAAAGUUCACUUGCAUGCAAAAACAAAAAUGCUACAAGUAAGUUUCACUAUAUUUACAGUUACACCCGAUUCAUUAUUGCCAUCGUUACAGACUAAUACAAAGAUAUUCACUUGCUGAUCAGCUGUUCACCUCAAACGUGAUGGAUACUCGUGAAAUAAGGUUUAAAGGUAAAUUAAUCUUAUUUAAGAUUUAAAUCGAUAUAUGUGUGACAUAUGUAUGUCGAAUAAGGUUAACAUUACCGUUUACGUAUUGGUAUGUGUGACUGCCAAAACACAAAAACUAAUAUCACAGGGAUUUCAUUAUUAAUCAAUAUUUAUUAUUUAUAGUACCGCGUCGUCGUGUUAUAUUUGUCACUUUUUAUUUAUUAUAUUUAUUUUUUAGUUUCUGAUGAAUAAAUUUUUGUCUCUGAAUUCUAUCGUCGCUUUGAAACUUUCAUUGCCUUCU